GCUUUUUUUUUGUUCUUCUUUACAAGUGACGCGUCAAAGAAUUAUUAUCGUAUUAUCAAACACGUUUAGUUGGAUAUAUACCUUUCGUUUCUUAUACUGAAUGUUUCGUUGAUAAUGUCUACUACAGAGGAAUUGCAACACUUUGUCUUGACGACACUUGACAAGUCCAACACAAUUGAGGAUUCCAAGGACUUGACCUUUCAAGGUCAACCUAUUGAUCAACUUGCUUUGUUGGGUGCCCUUAACAGUUUAAAGUCCAAAGAGAUGGUUGAUUUUACUCCUAUUGAACGUAUCUUUUGGGUCUUGACUGAAGAAGGUCAACAACUUGCUAAGGAUGGUAGUCACGAAGCCCGUGUUUUUGAAGCUAUUCCUGCUGGUGAAGAAGGUCUUCCUAUUGCUGAACUCCAGGUAAAGUAUAGAAAGAAGCAUUUUUCAAUCGCUAAACUUUUAUCUCAGGCCAAGUUUGGUGCUUCUGCUAAAAUGGGUCAAGGUAAAGCUUUCAAGAACAAAUGGAUUUCAAAAAAGGGUGCCAACUUGGUUCGUUUGGUGGAUCAAAUUGUCGAUGAAACACAAAGAGAUUUGAAAGAAAUAGAAGCUACUGGUACUCUCAAGGACGCUAAGACACUUGCUGAAUUAAAAAAGAGAACCUUGGUGGAUAAACAAAAAACCACCUCUUACAAAGUAACAAAGGGCCCUGAUUUCUCUUUGGAAAUUAAGAAAGAGGCUACUGAUAUUACUUCUGAUAUGCUUCAAUCUGGUGAAUGGAAGAAUGCUACUUUUAAAAAGUACAAUUUCGAGGCUACAGGUGGUGUGCCUCCAGGUGGUCAUCUUCAUCCUUUGAUGAAGGUGCGUCAAGAGUUCCGUGAAAUCUUUUUUGAGAUGGGUUUUGAAGAAAUGCCUACCAAUUGUUUUGCUGAGUCUAGUUUCUGGAACUUUGAUGCUCUUUUCCAACCUCAACAACAUCCUGCUAGAGAUGCUCAUGAUACUUUCUUCUUGAAAGAUCCUGCUACUUCUGACCGUUAUCCUCGCGAUUUGAUGGAAAAGAUCAAGGUAACUCACGAACAUGGCGGUGAUACUGAAUCCAUUGGUUACAACUACACAUGGAAAGAAGAAGAAGCUCAAAAAUUGAUUUUACGUACACAUACAACAGCCGUCAGUUCUUAUAUGCUCUACAAACUCUCUGAAGAGACCAAAAAGACAGGCGAGUUCCGUCCUGCCAAAUACUUUUCGAUUGAUCGUGUCUUCCGUAACGAAUCUGUCGAUGCCACUCACUUGGCUGAAUUCCAUCAAGUUGAAGGUGUGAUUGCCGAUAAGAACUUGACAUUGGGUGACUUGAUUGGUUUCAUGGAUGUCUUUUUCAAAAAGAUGGGUAUGGACAAGAUCCGUUUCAAGCCUACCUAUAACCCUUACACUGAACCCUCUAUGGAAAUCUUUUCUUACCAUGAAGGCUUAAAGACUUGGGUUGAGAUUGGUAACUCUGGUAUGUUCCGUCCUGAAAUGUUGCUUCCUCUUGGAUUGCCUCCUGAUGUACGCGUUAUUGCUUGGGGUCUUGGUCUUGAACGUCCUACCAUGAUCAAGUAUGCUAUUUCUAAUAUUCGUGAUCUUUUAGGUCAUAAGGUCAGUAUUGACAUGAUCAAGGAUUACCCUAUUUGUCGUUUAGACAAGAAGAUGGGUAAAGAAUUGACAGGCCUAAGUCAAGAUUGAUAAAUAAAAAAAUAAAGUGUUGUAAAUUUUAGAUGAAGUGA